ACGCCGCGUGCGAGCGUACACGGAUCCCGUCGUGAUCACGGACUCGCGAGGAAGAGCUCGUCAUUCUUACAGAAAAUUGCUGUAAAAUGAGCACCGGCAAAGCGAAUCUGCACACGCAAUUCAUCGAUCCAACUUGAAAUCGAGAAUCAGUGAAAGAGCGUGAGAGAAAAGCGCCUCGUCAGAGAUUCGCAAUAAGGUGGAUUGCAUGAGGCAUUUUAGGGAAACAUGCAGUAUGCAAGGGAUACGAUUCGAUUUGUGCAACUGAAACGGCUGUAUCGAUGUACGGUUAAUUCGAUUAUCAAUGUCGAACAUUCAUGAGAAAUGAGUGAUCACGAGAGCAAUUCACGUAUAAUUAUCUGGAAACGAUUAAUAACGGCGCUUCGUUUGACAUGAUCGAAAGAUUUGGAUAGAAUUCGAAAUGAUAUUCAUGAUUAAUUGGAAUGAUUGAAAAUGGCGCUUGGCUUUUCAGUUGAGCUUCCGCUCGAGAUUUCCGCGCAUUCUUUACGUUUGAUUAAAAAAACAAAUCUACGUGGCCAGAUUCAAGAUAACAAUUACACAAAAGAGAGAGAGAGAUUGAUCGGAGUAUUAUCCGAAAUAAAUGUAUAUUGAAACGGUUUUUAAUCCGCAGAAUUGAUGCGUCACUGCGAAUGGGAAUUUUGAAAUCGCUUUUGAACGAGCCAGAAAGCUGAUUAUUAGAAAUUUUAGAUGAAUCCCGGUGAGAAAAUUAUAAAAUUCCCCUCAUUCUCAUCAAAUCAUUUAUUUGUUUAGUUGGUUGGAGAACAACGUAUUGAUUUAUCGUUUCUGCUUUCUGUUAUUUUCUCCGGUUAUAAAAAUAAAAUCGCAUUAAUUAUCUAACAUCGUGGAAAAACCGUUUACUUUUCUUCAAAUAUUUAUUUAUUUCAUCGACCAACACAAUGAAAUAUUCUGACGCAUAAAAACAUUUUCACGAUUAUUAUUAAAAUAAUGUGCCGAUUUUAAUGACGGGAUAAAGUUUUAUAAAAUCUUGAAACGUUUAUGAAAUAUUCGAAUUUAUUAAUCUGCAUGUGAACAUCAAGCAUCAUUCCAAAACGGUUAUUAGUCUGCAUAAUUAUAGAACAAUGUGUCGAUAUGGAUUCAAUAUUCGCUAACGAGAUCUGAACCGUGUGAGAUUCUCGACAUCAAUUUUACACUGAUGUAACAACUCAUAGUCACGAAAUUGUAGCCUUUUGACAUCCUCGCAAAAAUUGGAGAUUGUGUUUAAUUAAAUGCACACUUAAUUUGAAUAAUUUAUUGUUGUGCUUUCAUUGUUCAUAUUUGUUUGUACUUUAUAAUUUUGCAAUUAUGAUAUUGAACAUCACUACGGGAUAUAUGAAAGUUUGUAACUAAAAUGAUGAUAAUAUCAUAAAAUACGGUAAAAUAUUUACGAUAAUUUUGGAUUAACUAAUAAAUCAGUAAAUAAUGUCAGUAAAUAACGAGAAACGCGAUCAAUAGAAACAAUCUGGAGUGUUAAUAUUGUUGUAAAUCAUUGAGGGCAUAAAAUAGUGAUAAAUACUUCUCGAUAAAUUUGCUGUGUUGAAUUGUUUAAGGAAAAGCUUUCAAUGCGGUUGUACAUACGAAUACCUAUAUUCUUCGUUGUGAUAAAUUCGCGCGAUAAUGUAAGAUGAUAUGAGCGUGUCAUAAUUCAUUGUGACAUGUGUGAAUUAUGAGAUUAGGGUUGCAAAAAAAAACAAAUUGUAACGUUAACGAUAUCGUUAAUGAAAAAUUUGAUUAAUUGCACUAACAUAAAUACAGAUUGUUAUCACAUUGUUACUGAAAAGACGAGUUUGCAUUGGAGAAAGAAUAUUUCGUGCCGUUUGAAAUCGCGAAAGAUAGCGAUUGUAAUAGCCGCGUAAUAAACUGUUGAUUGUUCAUAAUGGAAUCAAUCGAUAUAUCAAGAUAAUGCGAUCUCGUGUCCCAGGAUAUAGCUCUAUCAAUCUCGGGAGGAAAAGUUUUAACAUAUCAAACCAACUUGAUAUUCUCAAGAGAGCGAUGAAUAUCUUUCACUCAUAGAUAUUCCUCGUGAUAUCCAUUAUUUUUUAUCUAUUGAUGUAAUGUCAAGAUUGAAUUUUUACUUUUCACUCAUCGAUAAAUUUUACAAAAGUCACAAAGUAGUUGUAUGCAAAUCGGACCCUUGUAGAGAACACGGAGGAUCGUAAUCGAUUUAUCACGGAGGACCUAUCGCUGAGAGCAGUAGUUUGCGAGCAAAGUGUAUCGCUAAUAAAAAUGGACACUGAAAUAGUGCAAGCGGAUGAUAAGCUAGUCGCGGAGAUGCAGUGAAACUAUUAAGCCAGACCUAUUAAAGGAUACGAUUUAUCAAGGACUACGCAUCUUGAAGAGACCUAACAUUAGAUGUGAAGGUGAAGGUACUGAAUAUACAGCAAUGGAGUCCAAUCCAUUAAACGUCGUAAAUUAAGAAGAAAGCUUGCGAAGAAGCUAAAGUACUACUCUCGCAGCAAUGGCAUCUAUUCAGAAAAUUAGGAAGAAUGCAAGAAUAUCUAAAGUAAAGAAUCUUUAUCCUCAGCGAUCUUACAAAAUGCAUUACUGAUAGUACUCAAAGCUGAUGCAACUAUUAAACGAAAAAAAGGUGGUAAUAUUGAAAUAAUGUUGAUCUCAAGAGAUGAUGUAAGUACAUAUCGCUAGAAAAUGGACGAAUGUAGAAAGCUACGCUAUGAAGAAACAUUGAAAAAUUAGAUUGAGCUCGUGAAACUGUAUAACUGUGUAAUAAUAUAUUUAAUGCCGAAACAUAACAUGUUAGUGUAAACGGUUGCCGCGAACCAUUGUUCCAAGCAAACGAUAAACAUACUAUACACACAAACAUAUACACUGUCGAGAUGCCGGGAUUGAAAUUAAUCAAGUUAAAUGAGACAUAUCAUCACGAACGGAUGUAACAAACGGACAAUUAGUGAACGGAAAGAUGACCGGCUGAAGAUGAGUGCGUCAGGCUGUUGGUGCGCGCUUAUCCUGCUCACGUUCACGCAAGACUCCCUCGGCAGUUACUACGAGAAGCUCCUCCAGAUCGAGAAACCGAAGGAGUAUUUGCGGCAUCAGCAGAACCACCGUUCGUCGACCUUCGUCGACCGCAAGCUCGUCGACCCGACGGAAUUCCGCGCCGCAGAAAUCCGCUCGGCGCUUAAUAGCUCCACGGAGAGUCACUCGAUCGCAGCGGAGGGUCGCCAACCGGAAAAUCGUCACGCGGAAAUCCGUCCGAUAAUCGCGCAGAAUCGUGCUGUGAAUCUCUUCCGGCCAUUGACGGAGAUCCAUUCCGCAGUCGCGCUUCGUCCCGAUUUGGAAAAUCGCCUACGUACGGGAAAUCGCGCCGAGGAAAUCCGCUCGAUGGGGGGGAAUCCCGCGCUCGAGGAAAUACGUUCGAUGGAAAAUUCUCGCGCCGUGGCGAUACGCCCCGUGGAAAUCGUUUCCACGCCCGGACGUCGCGCCGUGGAAAUCGCCUCGGGCGGGAAAGCUCGUGCCACCACGGAAAAGCGGGGCGCGAGAAUCCGUUCGACGGAAACGCGCUCGCAGCAGGGAGAUCGUCGUCUCGCGGAGGAAAUGUCACCGACGGAGAUCCGACCGAUGGAUAUUUUCUGGACGGAGAUCGAGCAGGCGGAAACGUCGAGCAUCGAAAGAUCGCAAAUCCGGCACGGCAGAUCUAGAAGUCAUUUCGCACGGCAGAAGAUCGAGGAUUCCUCUUCGAAGGACGGAUUGAAGGAUGCGGUAAAUAGGAUCAAGACUAACGUUCACGAGGCUCAAGAGAAUCACUUUAGGACGCGUCAAGCGGAAAAAGUGAACGAUCUUCCAAAAGGAUCGGUUUCGCUGAAACUAUUUCCCGUACGUAAUCAUUCCUGGCUUCUCGAGCGGAAUUUCUCAAAGGAUAACUUGGUCAACAGCCAAUCUUCCGGUCGAAUCGAGGAUAAUGUUCCAGAAGGAUUGGAAAGUUUGGUCAAGCUGUACCAAGUGAGAAAAGGAAGUGUUCUUGAGGAAAGUUCCGCCAGUCCUCUCACACGUAAUCUGUCCAGGCUCAUCGAACAGAAUUCAAAAGAAAAAUCUAAGGACAACCUGAGCAGCAGCCGUUCUUCCGAUCAAAUCAAAGUCGAGACUCAGAAAAACCUCGAGCACGUGUUGAAGGCAUAUCAUUCGGAGAAUCACGGCGUGUUGAGAUCAAGUCCCGGUUCUCUGAAAGGUUCCCUUAAGGAUGAUCCUCUGACCAAAUUGAGGAAGGCCAUGUCUAUGAAUAAAACAAUAAUGUCGAUAGGUAAUACAAUCGACACAGGUAAUACGACUGAAACAGUUGGCAUUGAUCCGACCGAGGAUGUUAACGAAUCCACCCACGACCUCGAAGAGGAAGUUUUGCAGGAUGUGGUUCUGGAUUACACGAGUUACGAAGAACCGGCGAACGCUUCAUCCGAUCGGUCGGCUCGCAGGAGACCGCAGGCCGCUCAGGUCGACAUAGUAACGCGUUUUCUGCGAAUAAUCGAAAAUCAGCACACUCUGGGCGAGAAUUGCACCGCUGGUACCGAUCUGAAUCUAGGCGAGGGCGUGGUAGACCAAUACGCGCAAGAGAGAUUCCGGUUGGAGGCAAAUUUUGCCGUUAAUCGUGCCAACAUGCUUACUCGGCUCUGGAAAUACGCGCCGGAGGUGAUGCUGUCCUCGGAGUAUCUGCUGCACGCGAGUGUCCUCUCUAUGGUCGAGUUCGACGAGGACAUCUUCGCCGCGGGAAAUUGCUACGACAAGAUGCAGUACCGAGACCAUUGGCUCUAUUGUCCGUUCGCCCACCGACUACCGAAUCAGGAUGGCGUUCUCGUGAAAGAUCUCGCAGUCCAGUAUAAAUAUUUGAGCAACAGCAGCGAGUGGUUUUACAUCGCUAGGAAGAAUGCUGAGAGGGUGAUUACCAGCUACGAACAAUUCAGUCGAGGAUUUCACACCUAUACAUUCAACGACAGCGGGCACACGGAAAGGGAUGAGGACGAAAUCUUGACAGUGAAAUACGAGGAUGGCAGGUGGUCGAAACCGUAUUACGACUGCGGGGGCGGCAAUAUCUGGAUGCUGACCUAUACGGUGCCCUUUUUUGGAUACGUCAACGACACCUACUUCUUCAAGGGCACCAGCGGUAUCGACAUAGACCUCCGCCGGGUGGACAUAGAUCAGUGCCCGUUGCCGGCGGGAUCCACGCAGCUGAACAUAUUCGCCGCCAGCGACAAAUGCAAAAAGCGCACCACCGAGUGCAUCGCCAUUCCCGGCCUUGGUUUUCGCCGUGGUAGUUAUCGAUGCGUUUGCAAACGAGGCUUCUACUAUCCGGACACGAAAUCGGACAAGAGAUAUUACAAUGGCACAGUUAUAGAGGAAGAGUACGAGAAACUGAUGAUGGGCGAAAAGAGCCAAUAUGCCGAGAACGGAGUGUUUGAAUGUCUGCCAUGUGCCGAAGGGUGCGAGUCGUGCGAGGACGACUCGCCCUGCGUCGUAUCCCUGAAUUGGUUGAUGCGCACGGCGAUACUGAUCUUGGAGUGUUGCAUCAUCGCCUGCUUACCAGCCGUCAUCCUUUUUACAUGGAAAUAUGGACACGUGAAGGUGGUGCGGGCGGCCAGCCCAGUUUUGUUGCGCGUGAUUGUUCUGGGGGCCUUCUUCAUAUACUGCACAACCAUAGUUAUGUACCCCAGACCAAACAUCAUCACGUGCACUGUGCGGGUAUGGCUACGAGAAAUUGGCUUUUCCCUCACGUAUGGGGCACUCAUGCUCAAAACGUGGCGGAUAUCUGUGAUCUUCCGAGUGAAAUCGGCGAAGGCCGUGAAAAUAACAGACGCGAAUUUGCUGAAGCGGCUCGGCAUCAUCGUCCUGACGUUCAGCGUGUUCCUCAGCAUAAGGACACUGGUCGCACCGCCGAUCGUAAUCGUCGCACGGACCGCCGACGAUCUGAAAGCGUAUCUCUGCCAAACCGAUUGGUGGGACCACAGUUUCACUACUCUCGAGGUGAUGUUCCUCGUGUGGGGCAUUCGCUUGUGCAUCGUAGUAAGAAAAACUCCGUCGGAGUUUAAUGAGAGUCGAUUUAUUUCAAUGGCGAUUUACAACGAAUUUCUACUAUCAGUCUUCCUCAACGUUUCAAUGUUGUUCCUGCAAUCGCCGGCCAAUCCGGAUUUAUUAUACAUCAUAUUUUUCUGCCAUACCCAGCUUACCGUCACAUUGCUGCUGUGCCUGAUAUUUGGCAGUAAAGCUUACGUGGUGUUCCGCGGCGGAGGGAAGGAGGAGACGAUCGGUAAACUUUGCGGCGCGACCGGCAAGUUCCUGGGGAAAAGCAGUCGUCCGCAGGGCACUAGCAACCAGACCAAUUCGAUAUCCCUUCAGCAGGGUAAUUUUGCCGAAGAAAGCGAUUCCGCCACGGAAGAGUUUCGCCGUUUGCUCAACCAGCUAGAGGUCCUGAAAGAGAAGAAUAUUUUACUAGGAAAUCAGGAGCUAGUCAACAAGCUAGCCGCCAUGCUAGACGCAUUGAAUCGCGUUGAGGCUCAAGUGUCGACUAUUCAAGCUAUUUCAACCAGCAUCGUUCAGCUGAACGAUCUCAAUAAGUCAACGGAGGAAACCGAUCUUGGACAAAUUUGUCAAGAGGACCGACCAGGAAGCGAUUCUCAAAGUGAAAAUCGAUGUCGCGCAUGCAUCGAAAAGAACGGGCUCGGGAUGAAGGAUAUUCAGGAUCCGUCAGCGGAUAACGAAGUGCUGGACUCGAAGAAAGUUGGUAAAGACGUGGCGUCGUCAACAUCUUCAAAGCAUACCGCCGAGGAUGUCACCAGGGAAGCGUGUCACGGGAAGGACAGCAAGGAAGCCGACAAGUCCAGAAGCAAAUCCGGCCACGCUAGGACACACGCCAUAGUUAUCAACCUUGACGACAAAAGCAGGUUUUCUGAAGAAGUUACCGUGUAAUGUCAUCGUUGAGUGAAAAAUAAACAACUAGAAUAAAUAAAA